AUGACGAAGACCAACGUGUUCACAACCAUCGAGCAUCCCACACCGCGCUUCGGGAUGAACCAAACACCGAGUGCGCACGAGAGCGAGAGCAACAUCGAGAACCCGAGCAUUAUCAGGCCGACUACAUGUAGACGCUGUGUAGUCUGUGAUGUACUAGUAGAUGCUUGGGUUGUGUCAACAGUCGCCAGUAUCACAAGGUGCAACGCAUCGACGCCCGCGACCGUCACGUUCAUCGGACUUAACACCAUGCGCCAGAAAGAGACCGCUGCCACUAUGGGCUGCUGCUUGUCCCGAGAGGACGACCGCUUCGACAGCGGCAACGAGGCGCUGCUGCCCAAGGGCAGGAACGGUAACAAACGAGUCGAUAAGUCGGUCGACGUCAAGAAAGAAGGCGCCAGUGGUAGCUACAAGUCUCCGUCGGCUGUCAUCGCUGCAGGAGACGCCUGUUCCAAGGUGCCGGCCAAGCCACAGCCAGCAAAGAAACCGGUUGAGAAUGUCGACUUGCUGGGACUCAACGAUAAGCCGCCAACACCACUGGCUGCACCAGUGAUCAAGGCCCCCUCACCCGCAAAACCAACAGAAACCCCGUCACCGCUGGCACCGGCAGCUGCAGCACAGACACCGACGCCACCAGAACCGGCAGCAGCUCCGGUCAUGAAGCCAGAGUCGUCACCCAAGUUAGCAGGUAAAGAGCCAUCGGCACCGAAGCCUGCCAAAGAGCCAUCGCCAUCGAAGCCAGCAGUAAAGGCGCCAUCGCCACCCAAGCCAGCACCCAAGGAGUCAUCGCCACCGAAGCCAGCAGCUAAGGAGCCAUCGCCACCUAAACCAACACAGACGCUCGAAGAGUCGACACCAGUGAAGCCGGCAAAGACAUCCCCGCCCAAGCCGUCGCAGCCGUCGCCGCCCAAGGACAAGAAGACGACGCCGAAGACGUCGCCGAAGAAGCCAUCGGAGACAGAAGAAGACGAGAAUUUGAUGGUGUCGGCGUUCACGCCCGUGUCCGUAAACGCAGAAGCAGCCGACAAUGACGACGACAACGACGAUGAUAACGACAAUGAUGGAGACGACAAUGAAGGCGACAAUGACGAAGCCAAGGACCAAACCAACGAGCCGAAGCCUAAGAAGAUCACCCCCACCAAGAAGUCCAAAAAGAAACGAAAGAAAGGAAAGAAGUAGACGUCGUCGCUACUUCACGUGGUCAACCAGUUGAGCUUUUGCAGACGUAAAAAAUGCUCGGAGACAGACAGUAGGUUGGUAGUCCAAAGCUUGAGGGUCGAGUGAGAGGACAGCAGAGCGUCUUUUGUUCCUCUGUCUACUGUAGCAGCUAUGGUGUUCACGGAAACAAAGAGCGAGCUUACCCGAGAGACAAACGUAAGCGCUUCUUGCGUUUCUGCAGGAAAACUCC